AUGUCGUCUUUGCACUCAACCAGCGUCUUCUUCACGAGCGUCCCGCUCUUCGUUGAGGAGCACAGCCUGCGCAAGCACUUCGAGAGUGUCGGCCACAUCACCGACUUCCGCUUCCUAGGGCCGACGCCGGGACGCGACUUCCGCUACGGCUUCGCUGACUACUUGGAUGUCACCAGCGCAGAGGAGGCCAUUGCGCGCCUCAACGGCACGUCCUUCGGCGAACGUACAAUGAAGGUGAUGUCCGCCGCGAACUCGCGGAGCCGGAAACGACACCGUCAGCAGGCGAGCAGCACGCUUGAGCCACCGGUGCGUGGCGGCCUGGUUUUCCCGCGCGGCUACGUUGACCCGCUGCUUGGCCGCGACGACACGAGUGUGUUGGAGAGCCUGCACUCCACGCCCGUCUCGGAGGCGUACGAGGCGGUGGAGCAGCUGCGUGUUCUUGUGCUGGAGCGCAGGGCGGAGGCGCGCAAGCUGCUGGAAAGCUGCCCCGCGCUGCGCCUCGCCGUCGUAAUGAUUCUGCAGCACGCUGGCCGCCUCCCGUACGGACCGUUGCCGCCAGAGGCUUUGCAGCACCCGUCGAGCGAAACGAGCAAUGCCACACCGGCAGCUGCGCAGGAGGCGGAGGCGGUGACGGGGGUGCCCGCGGAGGAGGAGCGUGACGAGGUUAUUGAGAUACUCACAAAGCUCAGUGAGGAGGAGGUGGAGCGUAUUAUGACGAUGAGUGAUGCAGAUCUCAAUCGCAUUCCUGACCUUGCUCAACGAGAGCAGAUGUCGCUUCUGCGGGCCCGCUUGGUGGAGAUGGCGGGCGACCUUGACUGA